AUGCCAAGAACGAAGAAAGGCGGCCGCAACAGUGGCAAGCUGCCAGCCACUCCCACAAGGAGUGGACACAACAACGUCCGCAGUUCUGGCUCUUUCGUCCCACAGUCGUCGAGCUCUUUCACCGACAACCACAGUGCUUCUAAGCCUGCCCAUUUCUCCCUGAGCGAUGAAGCUCGGAAUACCGCACGACACCACUCCUUCUGGUCUACGGACCAGAAGUUGCGUCACAACGUGAUCAACUUCGUGAGCGCUGGCGAUCUAAAAGGCACCAGGGAAGAUGAGGUAGCAGGAGAAGAGUCGGGGGCGGAAGGGAACUCUCUGGAGCGUGGCGACGUUGCUUGCUCAGAGCAUGCGUUGGCCCGUAUGCAGAUCCAAAGCGAGGAAGAGGCCACUUCAUCUGCAUCCGCAUCGAGCAGUGACGUGGAUAUCAAGAUCGAGAGCAGCCCACAUGGUGUUACCGGGGGUUCCAGCGGUGCGCCUGCAGUUGGUUUCUUUGUCGACACCACGGGUUCAGGCUUCGCAGCGCCGCCCAAGCUCCCUCCGCCUGCCUUCCGCAGCGCUUCGCCGACGCCUUCUACAUCCAGUGAAGAAGUGGUGGUUUUCAGAGGCAGAAACGCACCCGUAAGAUUUGUUGACGAAACUCCCAAAUCUCCGCCAAGACUUCGAAAGCCCUCGCCUCGCAAACCCUCGCCCCGCAAACCUGCUGUCGGUCAAGAUGCUCAACCUUUGGGGGAGCGCUCUGCCCCGCUGAAGAGAGCUACUAAGCGAUCCAAGAAGCAACACCAAGAGGAUGAGAUCAUCGCUGAUUACUUGGAGAACAUUCGCGCGCAGGAACAGCUCGGCGCUGACGCUCCUUCCGACAGCCAGUCUGCUUUCUUGCUUAGGGAUCUUGCCCUAGAUGACAACAACGGGACGGAUGUUGAUAUCCUAGCACCACUCGAAGAAGCUCUGCGUCAGUCAACUGUCAAGAUUGAUGACGGUUGGGACCCCUCUAUGCUGGACGACUUCGAAGGUGUAAGCACAUCAGAAGAGAUGCUUGGAGAGAUCGAGCGCAUCUUGCACAAGAGGGAACGGGAGGCUGGAGUUCAGUACUUGGUUGUGUACGAGGGCUACACAGUCGACGAUGCAAGAUGGAUACCUAGUGCAUUGUUGACUGCGGAGCGCCAGUUGGAACUCAUAACAUUAUUUGAGAGCUCCAUCCCAUCUCAAGAGACUGGCAACAGCGAUUCUACCAAUUCCGAAGAAGAUGACUUCGACGUCGGAAAUGAUGGGUUCGAUGACGAAUCGGAUGAUGAUGAAGAUGAUGAAGACGGGAUCAACUCGGAUGAGGAUUUCGAAGACGAAAAAGAUCUCAUCGAGCGCAGGAUAGCCAGAAUGACUGACGAAAAAAUUGCACGGCUUCUCGCAAAACAGGAAGAGCUUGGGAUGGGCUCGGACGAGCUAUUACUCUUCGAUGACGACGAGGGCAGGGAAGAGGGUGACGAAGAAGAACUCCAGGCCACCCUCGAUGCCCUAUUCCGGCCGGCUGGUCGAAGUGGUGGUCGCCAGCGAUCCCGCAGAGCGAGAGGUGACUAUCCUUCUGCCAGCCUCAUGGCUGACGUGCUCGAGCAAGACCCAUACAACGGGUUCGACAUUAUGGACUUCGAGCGACCUAGCAUUAAGAAGCCAAAGGGCCGCCAAGCGGAAAUGCCGUUUGAGCUGUCCGAUGAUGAGCUCCAGACUACCCUCCGCAACACCUGGGAAGCAGAUCGCAAGAAGAAGCGCCGCCAGAAAGCCGAACGCGAAGAACUUCGUGCCCAAGGCCUCCUCGGCAAGAAGAACAAGUUCAAGUCUGACCUCAACGCCCGUUACAGCGAAGGCAUGAACAUUGCCCAGCUGAGACUAGAAAUCGAAGAAUUCGUCCGCUCGUCUCACACGAGUCGCGCCCUGCCGCCCAUGGACAAGCGCGGCCGUGCUCUGGUGCAUCAGUUCGCCUCGCCCCUCGGGCUGAAGUCCAAGUCUGUCGGCUCAGGCAAAAGCCGUUUCACCACCCUCAUCAAGACUAGCCACACACGCGAGUUCGACGAUCGCCUCUUCUCUAAGGUGGAGGCGCGCAUGACGCGUAGCUUCCUCCCCCGCAUGGACAAGAAGGCCGGAAAGGGCCGAGUCGUGCCUAGGCGCUCUGGUGGCGGGGGCGUUACUGCUGGAGUCAGCUAUACGGAUGGCGAGGUUGUCGGGGCGAACGCUCCUGAGCUCGGUGUUGGGAACAAGGGCCGCGCGCUAUUGGAAAAGAUGGGGUGGACUCAGGGUACAGCCCUUGGUGCGCUUAAUAAUAAGGGCAUUUUGCAGCCGAUUGCGCAUACUGUCAAGACUGGUAAAGCCGGCCUGGGGUAG